UUAUCUCUUCUCUCCUUUAGGUCUUUGCUGCCAGGAAUGACUAAGUGCCCUAAGAUCCAGUGCAGACUCAGUGGAGAAAUCCAGUCUGCAGCUCAGGAAAUUCCAAGAUGUGCACCACCUGGGCAGGGUAGCAGAUCUUGAGCUUUUGGAAAUUAAAAAGAUAUCACUAUAUGAUUAAUAACCUUCUCGAGAGGCUAUUCAGAACAAAUAAAGAGCAUCUCUGAGUGAAAACCGACUUUGCAGUAGUUGGUGCAAGAUGGACUAUGAAGGAUACAGUGUCAUAUUUUAAAUGGCUUUCGGUCAGCAGAGCUUCUUGUCAGAGUCUGCAGCAAGCUUUCACCUGCUGUCCGUGCUCCAUCCCUCCCUGCUAUCAACUGUUGCUUCAGUUACAUCAUUGCCACUAUGCUGGGCUUCUGGAAGUUCAUCCGAAGUGUGAGGCAGCUGGAACUUCAUCGCUUAAUUUUGCUUCUUAUUAUUUUCUGUCUCUUCUCCAUGUGUUUCCUGGCUUAUUAUGUCAGCAAUAAUCCUAAAAUUAAGGAGGCGCCACCCCUGCCCCUUAGUGACUGUGGGGCAGGGUCAUCAGGAGUUCAGAGAGCGCCUCUUUUUGUUUCUCCCCAAACCAGUCGACACUUUGUGAAGACUGUGGAAAAUCUGAGAACUGAGCCAACUGUGUUAGUCUUUGUGGAGAGUAUCUACUCUCAGCUGAGCCAGGAGAUUAUGGCCAUUUUGGAAUCAAGUCGCUUCAAAUACAUCGAGAUCUCCCCGGGAAAAGGUGAAAUGCCCCCACUGAAAGACAAUGACAAAGGCCGAUUUGCAUUGAUUGUCUUUGAGAACAUCCUCAAAUACGUUAACCUGGAAACUCAGAAUCGCGAACAGCUCGACAAGUACUGUGUAGAGUAUGGAGUGGGAAUGAUCGGCUUCUUCAAAGCUAACGAGAAUUCACUACUGAGCGCACAAUUAAAGGGUUUUCCUCUAUAUUUGCACUCAAACUUGGGGCUGAGAGACUACCGCAUUAACCCUAAUGCACCCCUACUUUACAUUACCCGUGCCAAUGAGGUGGACAAGGGUCCACUACCUGGAGAGGACUGGACAGUGUUUCAGUCUAAUCACAGCACCUAUGAACCUGUACUGCUUGCCAGUACCAAGUCCGCAGAGACCUUCUCACACCUGAGCUCUCACCGUGCUCUUCAUGCGACUGUGGUGCAAGAUCUAGGUUUGCAUGAUGGGAUCCAAAGAGUGUUGUUUGGAAACAAUCUGUCUUUCUGGCUUCACAAACUUAUAUUUGUAGAUUCAAUCGCAUACCUUACUAGCAAGAGGCUAUGCCUUUCUCUUGAUCGUUAUCUGCUGGUAGACAUCGAUGACAUAUUUGUUGGCAAGGAAGGCACACGCAUGAAGGUCUCUGAUGUAGAGUCUCUCCUUAAUGCACAAAAUAAGUUACGGAAUCUGGUCCCUAAUUUUACUUUCAACCUUGGCUUUUCUGGAAAGUUUUAUCAUACAGGAACGGAUGACGAAGAUAUUGGAGAUGACAUGCUGCUACAACACCGGAAUGAAUUUUGGUGGUUCCCUCACAUGUGGAGUCAUAUGCAGCCUCACCUCUUCCAUAAUGUUACAGUUCUGGCUGAGCAAAUGAGACUCAACAAGAUCUUUGCCCAGGAGCACGGCAUUCCAACAGACAUGGGGUAUGCAGUGGCACCCCACCACUCUGGAGUAUACCCGGUUCACAGCCAACUAUAUGAAGCCUGGAAGUCUGUGUGGGGGAUCAAAGUGACAAGCACUGAAGAGUACCCACACUUGCGCCCAGCUCGCUACCGCAAAGGCUUCAUUCACAAUGGCAUCAAGGUGUUGCCAAGACAGACCUGUGGCCUUUUCACUCACACAAUCUUCUACAAUGAGUAUCCUGGUGGCUCCCGGGAGCUGGACAGAAGCAUCAGAGGAGGAGAACUUUUUUUGACGCUGCUACUUAAUCCAAUCAGUAUAUUUAUGACUCAUUUAUCAAAUUACGGUAAUGACAGGCUGGGCUUAUAUACUUUUGAAUCUUUAGUCAAGUUUGUGCAGUGCUGGACACAUCUGCGACUACAGACUCUGCCGCCUGUACAGCUAGCUGAAAAAUACUUUCAGAUCUUUCCAGAAGAGAGGGAUCCUUUGUGGCAGAAUCCCUGUAAUGACAAGAGACACAAAGAUAUAUGGUCAAAGGAGAAGACCUGCGACCGGUUACCCAAGUUCUUAGUGAUUGGUCCUCAGAAGACAGGUACAACAGCUCUGUUUUUCUUCCUGACUUUGCACCCUGCCAUCACGAGUAACUUCCCUAGUCCUGUAACAUUUGAGGAAAUUCAGUUUUUCAACGGGCAAAACUACCAUCGUGGCAUUGACUGGUAUAUGGAAUUUUUCCCCUUCCCUUCCAAUGCCAGCACCGACUUCAUGUUCGAGAAGAGUGCCAACUACUUUGACACCGAGGUUGUUCCUAAAAGAGCAGCGGCACUCUUACCACAUGCAAAAAUCAUCUCUGUACUGAUCAAUCCUGUAGAGAGAGCAUACUCCUGGUAUCAGCAUCAGCGAGCCCAUCAAGACCCGGUGGCUCUUAACCACACCUUCUACCAAGUGGUAAGUGCCACACCCAGCGCCUCGCCCGAGCUUCAGGCCCUACAGAGCCGCUGUCUUACCCCUGGGAAGUACGCCAUGCACCUGAACAGGUGGCUUCAACACUUUCAGGCCAGCCAGCUGCUGGUGGUAGAUGGUACACAGCUGCGCUUGAAUCCUGCGGUUGUGAUGGAGGGUAUCCAGAGAUUUUUAGGCAUCACUCCAUUCUUCAACUACACUCAGGCUCUGAUGUUUGAUGAGGGAAAAGGGUUCUGGUGCCAGCGUACGGAGAACGGACGCCCCAAGUGCCUGGGCAAAAAUAAAGGCAGGAAAUAUCCAGAAAUGGAUCCGGAGAGCCGCACUUUCUUAAGCCACUUCUACCUUGAGCACAAUAUGGACUUGUUAAAACUGCUGGAUCGACUGGGCCAGGCUCUGCCCAUUUGGCUACGAGAGGAACUGCAGAACACCAGCUGGAGCUGAAAAAGAUGAGGAUCUGCCCGACAGAAACUGGAAUGUGCCGGGGAAGACCACACACACUUGCACGCCAGCUGAAUGGGUCAGGUGGACAUGACAGGGGCAAGGGAGAAACGCCCGGACUCUGGCCGCUAGGACUUCCUAUCUAGGCAUUGAUGUGCGCAUCCCCUGGGGGUGAGGCGGGUGUGUGCCAGGUGACGGCAGUAGAGGUGCACAGGUAGAACAUAAACCAAUGUACAUGUAUAAAUGUUGUAUAUUUUUUGCAUAAAAAAAAUUAAAGGACUUGUUAUUUUUAAAUAUUUC